GUCCGCACGAGUGUGAGGCCACAGGUGGAGAGCGGUGAAGCCUCAGACCCAUGAGUGGGGAUGAUUGUGACUGUUGACCAGACCAAUAUGCUAAUGGAUGCUCCCCAUAGUCAAGACUUGCCUUCUGGAAGCACAAUCACAGACUCUCAAAAGGUUGCAUGCCUGCAGGUGCAGGGAGAUGAAGCGUUGAAGAAGGCAAGUUACCAGGAGGCAGUGCAUAGCUACACCCAGGGUCUCAUGUUGGAUCCGAAGAACUGUGAGCUAUUAUCCUGCCGGGCAGUGGCAUUCAUCCAGGUGAAGCAAUAUGAGGAUGCAAGAUCUGAUGGAGAAAUCCUGAUUCAAAUCCAGCCUGACGUUCCACAGAAUUAUUAUUUGUUAUCUCUGGCUAAUGGGUGCCUUGGUAAUUUCCAUAAGGCUUUCUGGUCCAUGCUUCAUUGUCUGGAACGUGAUCCAGUGCAUCAGAAUGAUCUUGUAAAAGAACUUUACAAGAUCACCAAGAAACUAUGUAACGAUGAAUCAGAGGAGAAUUACUGUGAUGACAAAGGAUUGGAUGAGAUGCUUCUCAAGAUUGGGACACUGCUGUUUGAUGCAUCAUUGUAUGAUCUCUGCAUUCAGUUGGCCAGCUCAGCCAUCCAGCUUUAUAAUUCAACAAUGAGCGAUUCGAUCAGAAUGCAGUUCUACCUGAUCCAUGCUAAUUCUUAUUCAGCACUCAAUGAAAACAACAUGACCAAAACAGCCUAUGAAAACUGUCUAAAAUUAGCAACGAAGCUGAGCAGCACUGAAGUAAAAGUCAAGUGCUGUGAAGGUCUGGCAGAGCUACAUAGGAAAAUUGGAUGUCCUGAAGAAGUCAUCCGGUACCUCCUUGAACUACUAGCGAUUUGGGAGCAAAGUGAACAACAACCAGAUAACUAUCAAUCCAGAGAGUUCUGGAAUUCAGAGAGCAAAAAGGCUGUCUACUUGAACCUGACCGAAGCCUAUUGCGUUAUUCAUCAAUACCAGAAAGCACUGAUAUUUGCGAAGAAGUACCUGGAACACUUACUAGGGGGACCACCUAGUGACUGCAGACAGGCUAUUACACAUGCUUAUUAUCAGGUUGCCAAACUACAAGAGAAGCUGGGGCUUUACAAUGAGUCUGUGAACAAUUACCAGCAGUAUUGUGAUUUAAGCAAGGUACUGGGCAACAGCAUAGCUGCAGCUGAGGCCCAUGGAGCAAUGGGUUCAAUUCAUGCAGCACUUGGAAAUUAUGAUCUUGCCAUGAGUAAUGCUCUCCAGGGCCUCAAUUUGUCCAGAGCUGUCGGAGACCGACAACUUCAAUUAGCAGCACUAAUUAGACUUGGCAACGUAAAGAGGAUGAUGGAGAGUUUUGAGGAGGCAACAAGUUGGUAUGAACAAGCAUGGGAUCACAACAGGAUGGGAGAUGAGCCCAAACUGAAGUGUCGGACUGCACUAGGUUUAGCGGAGGUUUACGAAGGGACAGGUCUUUGUCAGCAUGCCUUGUACUUCUAUGAGCAGGCACUGGAGGCUGCAGAGGAGAUUCAUGAAGAUGAGCAGAUCUACAAAUGUAAAUUCAAAAUUGCAUGUCGCUGUCAGUUUUCCUACUCAGAAAGGGAACUGAAGAAAGGAUAUGAAGCCUUUAAGGAUGUGAUAACGCAUUACCAUUGGCUUAGUAGGAAAUACAGAGUGGAAGGAAAUGUGCUACCUGAAGAAAUCACUGAUGUUCUUCUGGAGAGUUAUGAUGGGAUCCAGGCAAUCCUUGAAAAAAUGGGUGACCAUUUAAGGGCACUACAGUAUGCAGAGGCCGGGAGGAGACACAGAUUUCUAAUGUAUACAUUCAUGAAAGAGGAACACUCAGCAGGGAAUGGUGUGAUGGAUCAGACAUUGUUAUCAGCCAUCCCAAGCCUGGAGGAACUUUACAGCAUCCUGGAUGCCAUCUCUGGAUCUGUGUUGUGCUACUCAUUGGUGGAAACAGGCCUCUUUGUCUGGAUGCUGAAGGCAAAGGAAGGACUAGUUUAUUUUCAUGCUACCAACAGCGCUGUGUCAGAAGCUGUCCAUGAGCAGAUCUGCCAGUUCCUACACCUACUGAAGAACAAGUCACUGCUUUAUGAGACUGAAGCCAGGAAUAUCCCAAAAAGGCUGAAGCAAAAUACUAUUGACAAACAAAGCAAGAGGCUGUGGAUUUCCCAUUCAUCACGUAAGAAUCCUGGGGCAACCUGCAGACUGCCAGAGGAUGAGGAAGAGACUGAACUCUGGAAGCAGAUGUACCUGCUGCUGUUUGGACCUGUGAAUGAGUUGCUGGAUGAUUUGCAACAAGGCGGCACCAUUUUGAUUAUACCAGACAAGAAUCUCAUCCAGAUUCCCUUUGCAAACCUGCCGGAUUUGAAGAAUAAAACGCUGGGAGAGAAGUUUUGGAUUACCCUUGCACCAUCACUGUUUGCUGUUGAAGUUAUAGCUAAUUUAGUUGAAGUUUCGAAGAAUAAAACAAAAAGUAAAUUUACUUCAGAUGUAAGAUCAGGGUCUGUUUCAACAAUGACUAUGUUGGAACAUAUGGGUGGUUCUCAGCAGGAACUUUGUGGUUUGCAGAAGGUGGGACUCAUGGACACUGUGAGUCACCUGGUUCACUGCACGUCCACCAACACAAUUGUUGCCAGCUCACCAUACAUCAUUCUUCCAUUCAAGCAGGUGUUUGGGAGAUCUCAGGCUCUGGUUGUGGGAAGUCCACAUUUCCCUUCAGCUUUGUCCUUGUGGGGAAGCACUUGGAAACCCUGGGGCCCAUUAGUUGGAGCUCAGAAGGAAGUUAUCAAAGUGGCCGAGUACCUGCAAGCAGAGGCUGUCAUGGGUGAACAAGCUAAUAAGAAACGUGUUCUCAGCGAACUUCCACGGCUGACUGUGGUGCAUAUUGAGUACACAAAAGGGGUUCUUGGGGAUCUUGUCGCUGUGAUCACUGGAAUUGUAACGGAUUGA